CGGGAGGGCGCCCGGCUGACAGCUUUGUUUUGGGUUAACAUCAUCGCUUGAGCGCAACGGAGAGUCGGCGCAAAGUUUCCUCGAUGGCGCUGGUGAUGGAGCCGGUGAGCAAAUGGAGCACGAGCCAGGUGGUGGACUGGAUGAAAGGUCUGGACGACUGCUUGCAGCAAUACGUUGGUGUGUUUGAGCGUGGAGGUGUGUGUGGGGAGAGGCUGCUGAGGAUUAGCCAUGCCGAACUGGAAGAGCUGGGAGUUUCUCGCAUCGGACACCAGGAGCUCAUCCUGGAGGCCGUCGACCUGCUCUGUGCUCUGAACUCAGGUCUGGAGACAGAGAGCGUCAGGACUCUGGCUCACAAACUCGGCGCCUCGGCCAAAAACCUGCAGAACUUCAUAUCCGGCCGCCGCCGCAGCAGCCAAUCGGAGAGCAGGUCCUCGCGGCGGCUUCCCAACGACCUGCUGACCUCUGUGGUGGACCUCAUCACCGCCGCCAAGAGCCUGCUAGCCUGGCUGGACAGGUCUCCCUUUGCUGCAGUGGCAGACUACUCAGUAACCCGAAAUAAUGUCAUUCAGCUCUGUCUGGAGCUCACCACCAUUGUACAGCAGGACUGUACAGUGUUUGAGACGGAGAACAAAAUCCUUCAUGUGUGCAAGACUCUGUCCGAGGUGUGUGAGCACAUUGUGUGUGUGUCAUCUGACCCGCUUGUUUCUCAGUCAGCCCACCUCGAGCUGGUUCACCUCACCAACAUCAAACCCUCGGAAGGCCUGGGAAUGUACAUCAAGUCAACCUAUGACGGGCUCCAUGUGAUCACAGGAACUACUGAAGGGUCCCCAGCUGACCGCUGUAAGAAGAUCCAUGCAGGAGAUGAAGUCAUUCAAGUCAAUCACCAGACUGUGGUGGGCUGGCAGUUACGCAACCUAGUCGGCUCGCUGAGGGCAGAUAAAGGCGUUGUGUCCCUGACCCUAAAGAAGCGUCCACAAAGCACGCUCAGCUCCGCCCCUGCUCUGCUGAAGAACAUGCGCUGGAAACCCCUAGCACUGCAGCCAACCAGAAGCCCAGGCAGCAGUUCUGCCACACCCUCAGGCACACCCACCAAGAACUCCGCCAUCCAGGACCUUUACAUCCCCCCUCCACCUGCUGAGCCAUACACACCCAGAGAUGAGACAGGAGUCUUGCCGGGGGAUGAGGCAUCUCGUAACCACGCUGGCGUCAGUGUUGCUAAGCGCUCUGAGUCACCAAACUCCUUCCUGGAUCAAGAGUCUCAUCGGAGAGAAGAGGAGGAGCCUGUGUACUGCACCACACCUACAUAUGGCAGGCUGAGGCCCAUCUCCAUGCCUGUGGAGUGUAACUGGGUGGGCAACUAUGAAGAUCCAGCCAAGCUUAACAGAGAGAGCCGCAGAGAAGCGUCCCUGAUGCGUUACGUGGGACUCUCCGGCGUGGACGAGAGAACCAGUUCUGAAGAUUACUCCUCCCACACAGCUCGCCCAGGCAAACGGACCAAUGACACGGCCAAGCGUGCAAAGAGGCGGAGCCACCACAGCCAAAGCCCCUCCCACUAUGUCCUCCAAACAAAUCAAAGAGAUUCUCCACCGAGAGAGCCGGCCUCCAUUUAUCAUACAUACCAACAGUCCUCCUCUCUGCAGUCAAAGAACAGGAAGAAGAACAAAGGACGGAGUUUGGCCUCGCUGAGUCGGAGGCGUGUUUCCUGCAAGGCGCUGGGCAGAGGAGACUGUGAGGGCUGGCUGUGGAGAAAGAGAGAUGCAAAGGGUUACUUUUCUCACAAAUGGAAGAAAUACUGGUUUGUCCUGAAGGACAACUGCCUGUACUGGUACAUCAAUGAGGAGGAUGAGAAGGCAGAGGGUUUUGUCAGUCUUCCAGAGUUUAAGAUUGACCGUGCCAGUGAAUGUCGCAAGAAGUAUGCUUUCAAAGCAUGUCACCCCAAGGUCAAGAGUUUCUACUUUGCAGCAGAUGGAGUGGAUGACAUGAACAGAUGGCUGAGUCGUCUCAAUAUGGCCGCCGUGGGCUAUGCCGAGCGAGAGAGGAUACGUCAGGAGCAGGAUUACUGGAGUGAGAGUGAACAUGAGGAGGACACCACCUCCAGCCCCAAACAGGACAGUCCCCCACCUCCAUAUGAUACCUACCCACGGCCUCCAUCAAUGAGUACUUAUAUGGAAGGCCGAACUCGACUGUCUUCUACAGAGACGUGUCGCUCUCGCUCUUCUCAGGAGGACUUUCUCUGUGGCGAGCCCCCCGGGUUGGCUGCAGAGCCACAGUAUCACCCUGGCCCUCUAAGCGGAGGCACUACACACAGUGGGAGGAAACCAGGGGGCAGCAGCAGCAGCGACAUGCAGUACAGAUGUGAUACUGUAGAGUACCGAUCUAGUCCCGCAGGGGGCAGCAGUGAGACGGGCUCUCCGGGUCGCUCUUCCUCGUCUCAGAGACGUUCCUGGCAGGACCUGAUUGAGACACCGUUAACUGAGGCGGGACUGCACUACCUACAAACUGGACCUCUAGAGGACGCCGUCUUUGCUGAUCCUAGUCCAGUAAUCGGGAGUAUGAUGACCGGAGCUGUUUACACUCUUCCUGCUCAGAGGAAUAUCCCGUUGCCCAUGGCGAUGACAAGGCUAAUUCCUAUGGCAACCAAGGGAGGCAAACCCCGCAGCUUCACACUGCCACGAGACAGCAACCUACACACACUCCUCUCGCCCCCUGUGAAAGAAGCACAGCAAACACACAGCAGCGGCAGCGAGGGUGCAUCCCUGGGCGACCUGUUCCGAGCGUGCGAGCAAGGCGGGGUGUGUCCUCUGGGUCGGGGGUCAGAAUCCAAAGGGCAAUCAGAGUGCAGGCAGUCCUUCCUCCGACGGGCCGCAGACCCUCAGCUCAACGAACGUCUUCACCGACUCCGCAUACUGACAUCCACCCUGAAGGACAGGGAGGGGGAGCUAGCGUUGAUUGACAGGCUGUUGGCCAAUCCCCAGCUGUCGUCGGCAGAGUUCCAGGAGUGGAAACGAGCCUAUCAGGAGCUGUUCUCUCAGGAGCCAGACUCGACCACUGAAUCAGACCCCGGCCCGCCCCUCACCCCCUCACUCUCUCACACACACUCCUACAUUGAGACCCACGUCUGAUGAGUUAAACACACACACGUUGGAGUUGCUCUUCCAGAAUCAGCCGCAGAUGUUUUGAUGUGACAGUGUUGAUCAGUGAUGGACUUUGUUAAAAAGAGGAGAGUAGGGACUCCAAAUCCCUAUACGCUUUCAGCUGUCAAAGGGUCAAAGUUCAACAUGAGAACUUUCUGAGGAGAAGCCUGUGUGGCCUGCAUGUCACAUAAAUCUACAAGCUGAUUGGUUAAGCCUCUCCGGCUGGCUCAGGGGUGAAGGAUAAACUGAUUGUUGAUUAUAUCAUGUUAGCUUUUGUGCUCUUUAAAUACUUACUUUACACAACUUUCCACAGUUUGUUUGUCCUGACAUGGACAGAGACCAGAAAAGUAUAUUCAUGAGCCACCAUUACCAGUAUUUCACAAUGCUUGUUGUGCCAUGUUUAUACCAACUGCACAUAGCCUCAUACACAAUCUAACAGCCACAGAGUGACAUGCAUUUUAUUCUGUCAAGCCUUAUACUUGAUGUCUAUGAUGGUCUUUUCUGUACAGUGAGUAUUAAAACAUAGAACAAUUAGCACAGGGUUUUUGAAAAUUAAUUAGUCACUGUUUCUAUGUAGUUAUAGAGACUUUAGUUUGUGCUGGUUUGGUAGAAUUACGUACUGUACUUUGCUGGGCUGGACCUGAAGCAUGCACAUUCAAGAGCCUCCUGGUAUAGAAUCCAUGUAAAGGAAAAGUCUACCUUAAGAACCUUUUAAACACUGCUUUCAAACAGCCAGUGAUUUCUUUUGACUUGUUUUCUUUUACGCAAAUUAUAUGAGGCCAGUUUCCGUAUCAAACUGUCACUCAAUUUUUACUGUCAGUAUUAUUUUACUUUAACACAGUCUUGUUAAUGGUAUAAUGUUGAUACCAUUCAUUGAAUUUUACAUCAACUUCCUUUAAUAAAGCUAAUUUAUGAUUCGCUAGGCCGAAAUAUUUCCUUAAAUCCCAUCUUGUUGGCAGGAAUAUCUUGAUUUAGAUAUUGUUAUAUAUACAUUGUUAUAUUUCAAUAUAAGUUACAUCAAGUGCGAGACUACAACCAGGUUGAUUCUUAAAGUAAUUUUUGUGUUUAAAAAGAGAAAAUCCUCCUUCCUUGAUAUAAUAUAAGAUGCAAUAUUAUACAAAACUGAAAAAAAACCAGCAUGACUCAUAUUUACUCAUAUUGCAUCCCACAUAACCUGUUCAUUUACAGGAUGUAUACUGGAAUAUGUUGAGGUAAAAUACACAAGUCUGGACACUAUGAGAUUUUUUAGAAUUUGUAUUUUCAUUUUAUAAGGCUUCUCUUGAGUUCAGAAUGGCAUACAUUUGACCUGUAGGCAACUAUUUCAAAGGGGAAAAGACUGGAUUAUAAGUAUUUGCUUCUUGGUGCUUUAAUAGGCAACCUUGCUUUAACAAUUGAAAUAUGGUCACCAUGAGAACUACAAUUAUAUGAGUCAACUGGUUGCCAUAGAAAGUCAUCAUAUGAAACACUAAACCACUCUUUAAUUUUUUUAUGAAUAGGCAAAGAAAAACACAAAAUAAGUCCUGAAAGUUUCUGAACAUCCACUAUUAUUUAUAUUAUAUAUAUAUAUCACAACGGUGUAAAAGUCUCUUGGGCUGGAUUUUUCCUUACCAUUUGGCUCCUGCAUUCUGCAUGCCAUAUAGAGAAUAUGAGGAGAUUUGUGCAUAGGAAAAGAAAUAUGGAGCUCAUAAAAAGAUAUAUCAGUUUGUUAUUUGUAUGCUGCUGCCAAGUGUCUCCAUACUCAGAGACAAUGCACAAAACUAUAAAAGCAAUCGUGCACACAAAUAGAGACAAGCACACACACUAAUAACACACAUCACACAGACCGUUUGAAUGCUCUGUCUGUGCUGCUGCCAGUAGUUGGUUGUAGUAGCAUGUCUUUGUUGUAGAUAAAACAAUAUUCCUUUUCUGUUUUUGUGUUUGAAAUCUCUAGAUACAGUAGGUCUCUCUUUACAGAGUGCAAACUAAGUGUCUUGGAUAGUGUUCUCUAAUUAUAUCAGUUCUUUUGGGAAGUUGAGUAAAGAUUAUUUAAUCUAUGUUCAAUUUAUAAAUUACAGUAGUAAAAUAAUAGUAUUCAUUUAUCAUUCUAACUGUUCUGUCGGAAAAGGUUGGAUCAAUAAAAUCUGGUCAUUUGGAUAA